AUGGCUCCGCGACUGCAAGCUUCAAGAUGCUUGGGCAGGUCUGGUCCACGUGGUGCAUCACGAUGCGCAGCUCAAUUGGCGUGGUCUGCUUGCGAGCUGCAGCAGAUUAGGGGCAUUGCGACCUCGUACCUGAAUAAGGUUGCCGAAGGCGAAGCGCGGUGGGAGAAGAGAGCACAGCAGAUUCAAAAUGGGGAGCUGCCGCAUGUGUGGGAUGUGCUGGAUGAAAGAGGGUAUAUCAAGGACGUUGCUGGCACACCCGACAAGAUCAAAGAAGUCAUGCGCAUCAAGCGAAUAGGCGCCUACGUCGGAGUAGACCCAACAGCUGACUCCCUACACAUCGGCCACCUGCUCCCGUUCAUGCCUCUCUUUUGGCUCUGGUUCCACGGAUACCCGGCCGUGACGCUCCUCGGCGGCGCUACCGCUCGAAUCGGCGACCCUACCGGCCGAUUACAAAGUCGCGACCACCUGAGCAACUCAGAAAUCUCAAAAAACGUCACCAAGAUCCACUUCCAACUGUCCAGACUAUGGCGAAACGUCGUCACACUACGAGAAAAGUACGGCUACGACAAGGACUGGGCCGCAAAACGGCACCUCCUCAACAACAACAUGUGGCUGCAGGGCCUGACCGUGUACGAUUUCACGAAGCGACUCGCGAGACAUGCCCGAAUCGGCCCCAUGCUCUCCCGUGACACUGUGAAGCGCAAGAUGACGGAAGGCGAUGGCAUGUCUCUCGGGGAGUUCAUGUAUCCGCUAUUCCAGGGCUGGGACUUUUGGCACAUGUACAACAAGCUUGGUAUCCAGAUGCAGAUCGGUGGCUCGGACCAGUACGGAAAUAUCGUGGCGGGUAUCGAUGCGCUCAAGAUUAUUCGUGAAAGUGAAGAGGCGCCGCAUGCGAAGAUGCCUACGGACUGGCAGCACGAACCGAUGGGCUUCACGGUCCCGCUGUUGCUGGACUCUGCGGGCGUCAAGUUUGGCAAGAGCGCGGGGAAUGCUGUGUGGUUGGAUGAGUUCAAGACGUCUGCGUUUGAUCUCUACGGAUACUUUAUGCGUCGAACAGACGACGAGGUUGAGAAGCUGUUGAAGUUGUUUACGUUUAUGCCCAUGAGCAAAGUCCAGGAGACGAUGACACAACACCGUGCUGACCCUUCGAAACGAGUUGCCCAACAUACACUUGCCUUUGAGGUGCUGUCCUUGGUGCAUGGCUCUCAGAAGGCACUUCAGGAGGCGCAGCAGCACAAGUUCCGGUUCGGCGGUGAGCUGCCGCACAUUAUUAAAGAGCCGACCGAGGACAGUGGGAUUAUCACGCAGAACAACGCGCCCCGAAGCGAUAUCCAGCUGCCGCAGUCGGUGAUGAAGUUAUCGCCAGCGAAGAUCUUAUUCGCAACCGGACUAGCUAGCAGCAACAGCGACGCCCAACGUCUGGUCUCUCAACAAGGCGCUUACGUCGCCGCUCAGCCCGGCCAGACUCGUGGCCUUGUGCCCGGGAACUUGUCCUGGACGCCGAUAAAGAUGUGGUUCCCGGAAGAAACAAGCCGGUACCUCAUCGACGAGAAGAUCCUCAUCCUCCGCAAGGGGAAGCACAAUGUGCGCAUUGUGGAAAUCGUGUCCGAUGAGGAAUGGGCGGCCAGUGGAAAGAUAUACCCUGGUCAGGCGUACACGGGCGUGGUGCGCCGCAUGACGGAGCAGUUGGAGAAGGAGGCCGAGGCGGCUGGCCAGAAGUUGACGCCGAAUCAGCUGAAGAAACUUCUUAAGGAAAGGGCCAGCGAGCAGCAGGCGCUCAAGGUUGCUAACAAUCCGGACAUUGAGCUACCGAGCAAGCAGGAGAUACGGCAGAGGAAGAACUAUGCCCAGGAUCGGCGAGGGCGUCAAGACAAGUCCAGGUGA